AUACUGCAGCUUUUAGAGACAGCUCAUGACACCAUAAUCAUGCAGUGCUAAUAAGCCCUGCCAGGCUGGACUUUGAUCUGCACACAGCAGCUUGGAAGUGCACAGAGCUGCUGCCUAAUGAAAAGUGCAAGCAGAAAGACUGAGGGGAAAAAAGCCAGAAACCUCCUCUUCCCCAAUUGGGAAACAAACAGCUUGCAUUGCUUUCUCUUUCAGUUUAUGCCAACAGUUCCGCUGUACGAUAGUUAUUAAUCGGUAUUACAUAAGGCCAGUAACAGUAAAGGUUUUCACAAUUACUUGUGCAAAAUUAUCACUUUGGGCUUCCCCUGCAGCCUUUUGGAUGGCAACAGGAGCAGGGAAAAGUCCUUAAAAUGUCACUUUGACAGAAAAUUCACAUAGGGUGAAGUAACAUACUAAGCGAUUAUUUUUCCUCUUUUCAUUUACAGUAAUCACAGUCUGUUUAGCCUUAGUGUUGCAAACUGAUUUGUUCCAGGAUUUUGCAUCUGCUUUCAUGAGAACUUUGGGAUGAUUCAUUUUCACAAGUCAUUGCCAAAAAGAAAUAAAAAAAAAAAAACCCUACCAAAAAACACUGAGGCACAGUAAGCACAGGGACAAGGCAGCCCUGACUGUUUAACUGUCAGCUGUCCCAACAGCCCAACCCCGAGCAGGGAUCUGAACCGUGCCUUAUGUGACUGGGAAAUAGCAAGCUUUAGACUCUAAAACAUUCCUUCAUCUGGCUUCUUUCAGAGCGAGAUACCUGCAAAUGCCUCCAAACUGCUCAGUUUCCUGAGACAUGCCUGGAAAGGAAUAAACACAAACUGAGGCAAAAAUGUGUUGGCUGAAAUGAUAGUUGCUGCCUUUAUUUUCUCACCCUUCCAGAUGGCAGAGCUCCUUACCAGCAUUUUGCAGAGCCAUCACAACCACUUCCUCCUGUUCCUGGACCUUGCAUGAGAGUUAUCCGCCCAGCCCAGCAAGUCAUCCCAAAUUACUCAAACCUUCGUGCUCCCAAAGGCACUGGAGAGCGACUACCCCAGAGGACAUGCUCCUCCCCUGGCCCUCCUCGAUUCCCAAACCAGCUAUACAAUCAGCUGCCUAAUGGUCAGCUGCCCCCCAAGGCAUGUGGCCUGGAUGAAGCAUGUGGUUGUCCUUCUGACAAUUUUCCAUCUCCAGCUGCUGUCCCAAGACCUCUCAGCAACCCUGCAGCCAAGGGAACUCUGAGAACCAGCAAUCUGCCAGAGGAGUUGCGCAAGGUCUUCAUAACCUACUCGGUGGAUACGGCAGUGGAGGUUAUGAAAUUUGUGAACUUCCUGUCUGUAAACGGAUUUCAAACUGCUAUUGAUAUCUUUGAGGACACGGUACGAGGUAUUGACAUCAUUAAGUGGAUGGAGCGCUACCUAGGUGAUAAGACAGUGAUGAUAAUCAUAGCAAUCAGUCCAAAAUACAAACAGGAUGUGGAAGGGGCUGAAUCCCAGCUGGACAGGGAUGAACACGGCUUACAUACUAAAUACAUCCACAGGAUGAUGCAGAUUGAGUUUAUACAGCAAGGAAGUAUGAACUUCAGAUUCAUCCCUGUGCUUUUUCCAAAUGCCAAAAAGGAACACGUGCCUACCUGGCUGCAGAACACUCACAUUUAUAACUGGCCCAAGAAUAAGAAGAACAUCCUUUUGCGGUUACUGCGGGAGGAGGAAUACGUUGCUCCUCCGAUAGGACCUUUACCAACACUCCAGGUUGUGCCACUAUGAACAUGGUAACUUAAAGCACAUGAGGAGUGGUUGUUAAAGGGUUGUUCCUGGCAGGGAGCCAACACUCUUCCAGAUGGCUCUUUCUGAUGACAGAAGAUAGUCUUUCUGCUAAACGAAUUGGUUGU